AUGGCGUCUUCCGGCCAAUCCUCAGAGAUUGCCCAUCUCGUUGCUCUCAUAAAGACUCUCACCAAUCCACAGCUCAAGGACCUUUUGCGAAAUGAGGGUCUUGCGGUUUCCGGAGUCAAAAUAUCUCUACAGCUCCGCAUCAUCGACUAUCUUGAACGCCUGGCCAACUCAGAAGGAAACGGUGCCCGCUACAAUGCCCUGAAGCAACUCAUUUUUCACACAGCGGUUCCAGGUACUUCAAGUUUUCAGGCAAACGCCAGUUUCCAGCUCCAUCCCCCGACUGUGUCCCACCCUGCGCCCUCGCAGGCUCGAUCUACACCUUUGGGGGCAUCGAUGUCACCCCAUUCACAUACCGGUCAUAUCACGUUUAAAGAUAGCCCGUUUUUUACUAUCGUGACACACCUCACCCCGAUUGUGGAAUGUAAAGUCCGCGAGCAAACAAGGGAUAGCGUCGAACUCAAGGUUGUUCUCUCUGUGUCUACGGCCACUGACCUGCAGACGGAUCCAAACCUUCGGGUGAUGGUGUAUUGUGCAGCCGACUCUGGCCUCAAACAAUACACCAAGUCCGACAUUGCAUUUCCACAUCAAGUGGAGCUUAAGGCAAAUCUCGAUGAAGUCAAGGCCAACCUUCGGGGCUUGAAGAAUAGACCGGGUACCACGCAGCCCGCCGAUGUAACGAACUACAUACGCAAAAAACCCGGCUACACCAACAAUAUCGUCAUGACUUAUGCGCUUACUCAAAAGGCAAGUCUUUCUGGCUCACCCAUGGCACAUUGGAGGUUAUGUGCUAAAUUCUUCGCCGUCGCCAACCUUGUCAGACAGCACCCAGUGGAAGACCUGGUGGCAGAGUUGAAAUCCCGUAAACUCAUUUCCAAAGAACAGGUGCUUCGAGAGAUGAAAAACCGCGCUGAGGACUCUGACAUUGUUGCCACGUCAAGUAUCAUGUCCCUCAAAUGUCCGCUAUCAACUCUACGGAUCCAAGUUCCUUGUCGCUCGGUGGUCUGCACUCAUAAUCAGUGCUUUGAUGCAUCGUCGUUUCUCGAGUUGCAAAAGCAGGCGCCAACGUGGACCUGUCCAGUAUGCUCCAAGUCGACCAGUUUCGAGUCACUGCAGAUUGACCAGUAUGUCGAUGACAUUCUGCGCGCAACUUCUCCGGACGUGGAACAGGUCGUCAUUGAGCCUGAUGGAGCAUGGUCGAGUCCGACCGAUGCGGAUGCCGCCAAGCCGGGCGGAGUGACCCCAGCAACAGAUGACGAUGACUUGAUCGAGAUCACCGAGCCCGGCAUUAGUCCUGUGAAGCAAGAGCCCAUGCCUGCGAGCGUCAUGCUUGAGCGAACUCCAGCCCAAUCCCAAUCCCAAUCCCGAGAGACAUCAACUCCGUCUUCUGCAGUCCGGAUACCGAGUAAGAAACGAUCUGCUGCUCAGGUCAUUGACCUCACGGGCAGCGAUGAUGAAGACGAUGAAUCACCGGUUCCCCCGUCUAAGCGCCCCGCCCUAAGCUUCAAUGUUCGAGGGGAUCCUCACCAGCCGGUUACCAGCAGUCCUCUCCAUAGCAGGACCUACCCACCGUCGUAUUAG